GAACGAGAUGAAAGCUCUCCCGUCCUAGAGCGGCCGCGCCCCUCCACCAUAGAGAGGUAAAGAGACGGAGCGCCGCCAAAUCGGCCACAGCGACGGGGUGGGAGUCACAGCGCCCUCUUGCGGCGGGGCGGGGCGGGUGUCAUGGCGGAGUUAGGCGCGCACCUGACGGCCGAGGCGGCCGGCGAUGAUCGACCCUCCAUCUUCGAGGCGGUGGCCCAGGACAGCCUGAUGGCGGCCGUGAAGCCGGCCCUGCUGCACCUGGUUAAGGUGCUCGCUGAGUCUAAUCCUGCCCGGUACGGCCUCCUGUGGCGCAGGUUUGAUGAGAUCUACGUCCUUCUGGAUUUUCUGCUCCAGCAGCACUACCUGGCCAGGUGCAGUGCCUCCUUUUCUGAAAACUUUUAUAGCUUAAAGAGAAUACCGACAGGAGAUGGCAAACAGCAACCUUUGGCCACUGCUGGCCUGCCAAAGAAGCAGCACUGGAAGUCUCUCCUGUUGUUGAUUCUCGUUCCUUACCUAAAAGGAAAGCUAGAGAAGCUUGUGUCCAGCCUUAGGGAAGAAGACGAGUACUCCAUCCAUCCUCCAUCAUCCUCCUGGAAGCGUUUCUACCGAGCCUUUCUAGCUGCCUAUCCCUUUGUAAACAUGGCCUGGGAGGGCUGGUUUCUCAUCCAGCAAUUGUGCUACAUCCUCGGGAAGGCUCAGCAUCAUUCCCCCUUGCUGCGGCUGGCUGGUGUUCGCCUGGUGAGACUGACUGCAGAGGAUAUCCAGGCCCUGGAGAAGAAACUGGCUGUAGCAGCCUCAAGUCAAACGCACAGCAUUAAAACACGAAUGCAGUCAGCAGUGAGGAAAGCUUUGGGUGGCAUCGCCUUCUCGCUGUCCACCGGCCUGUCCGUGUGUGUGUUCUUCCUCCAGUUCCUGGACUGGUGGUACUCCUCUGAAAACCAAGAAACUAUCAAAUCUCUGACAGCGCUCCCUACUCCCCCACCCCCCGUGCAUCUCGACCACGAGGUGGACUCAGCUCUCUUACCCAAACUGAAGACAGUGUGUCCUCUGUGCCACAAAGUCCGAGUCAAUGCCACAGCCCUGUCCACGUCUGGCUUUGUGUUUUGCUACCGUUGUGUGUAUAAUUAUGUGAAGACUCACCAGCGCUGCCCGAUCACAGGUUACACCACAGAGCUCCAGCACCUGGUCAAACUGUACUCUCCUGAGAGCUGAAAGAGCUGCCCUGUGCUUCAGAGAUCUCUGAAGAUAGUGGCUGGGUGGUCAGUGUGGUGUUGCACUGCUGGGCAGCUGAACACUGCUCUCUGACUCCCUCAAAAGAAGGGGAGAAAGUAAUGAUGGAAAAGGGCUCAAGGGUUGAGCUGCAUGUGGAGGUCUGCUCCUACUCACCUCUGAACGACGUCCUUAAUUCCCACCAACAGUUCUAACCUAAAACCUCUGACUCUUUAUAGAAACAAGAGUUGAAAUGUAAGCAGGGAUAGAAGAUGGAGGAUAACUUUUCUCCACCAGGGAGAGAAAUGAGAAACCAACUUGAAGCAGCAGCUGUGCCAAUCGAUGAAUUGUUAAAUAAGUCUCUGAUUCUGUUAUCUGCUUUUAUAAAGCAAAAUUCUUUCUUGAUUGAGAACCCAAAUAAAUUUUCAAUGAUGAAUUACAUAAACAUUACAUUUUAUCAGCUUUCCCACUGUGUUAUUAAUGCCGUAAGGUCUAAAGACAGACAAGAAAUCUAUUUGUAAAGAACCACCAGCUUUAUUAAACCAACCUCUGAAUGUACAUAGAAACCGUGAGGUCUAUGGCCAUGACCAAAGCAUCCUCAGGGCAUGAUAUUAAUACAAUUACAUCAACAUUAACAGCAGCACUGGAGCUGCACAAUACAUCAGUGUCAAGAAAUCGACUUUGCAAAUCUUUUUUAGAACUCCCAGCAAAGCUAAGCCAUGUUCUUAGAAAAUUUAGACACUUAAAAAGAAAGAACCAACAACUGAGUUGCCUUCAACACUUCCUCAUCGGAAACCACGUGUCUUCUUGUUAGGAGAGAAUCACUGUAACUAUACUCCUGCAUACAUACCCCCACUAUAGGUUCCUUCUCCACAAGCAGAGAGAAAUGAAUAUAAAGCUGUCACCAAAACCUGGAAGAGAAUAAGAAACUGUGUUACAGUGGCCCCAUAUCUUUUCUUGUACUUGUUUGAUUAGCUCAGCCUCUUCUCCUCCCUAAAAGGGCUGCACUUCAUCUCUCUGCAGUCCCAUGGAUUCAGAUCAGCACAGCCCACCCUUAAUUCUGAACUAUGGAAUCAGGUGCCUGUGAAAAGUUAUUCUGUUUUCAAAAACAGAAAUUAAAGCCCCCUCAGCACCUACCAGGUGCUUUGGGUGUUACUGUUCCUGGGUACCUCAACAGGUACAUAAGAACACAGGUAUCUUUUACAGGGUCUCAUGACAUCAGAUAAGUCUCUCCAUUCUCUCACUGUAAGCUCUGCACUAAACCUGGCACUGCAGCAAGAUACACAAAUCCAAACAGCUAUUUGCACAACUCAGCUUUCAAAUCAAUAUUUUUUCUACUGCUAAAAAAUAAACUAUGAUUUUUUUUUCCUCACUAUUUCUUUGUAUUUCAAGCAGCAGCAGUUGUUUGCUCUGUAAGAUUUUAGCCUAAAUAAGCUCAGAGAGAAGAUUACGUGAUCACGCCCUGGUCAGAGCAAAGACAAAACGUCUCAGCAAUACCAGUUCAGAGAAUUCUUCACUCAUCAUUGCUUUGGGUAAAUCUGCUUCCAUUCAAUAAGAACUUUGCUCCCAGGCCAGGAAUUAAGAUAGAAAAGUUCUGGUUCCAGAUGCUUGUUUGCUUCUAUAAAAGGA